AUGAUAACAACAGCCAGAGCUGCCCUCUACCGUCAACCGAAACCAAAUAAUGUAGCUCCGGUACAAGUCCCCGCAGCCGAUUCCAAAGAUGUUAAAGACGUUGCAGAAAAUGAGAGUCCCACUAAAGUUAUACCUAUAGUGUCCACGGAAAAUUCCCACAUCGUAUUAGACGCGAAGGGUGAUAGUAAUCCAGUUAAGCCACCAGCGGAGCUCAUUGUUCAUAGACUGCCUCAUUUUGAAACUAUCGUCGUAGAAACGGAAUCAGAUAACGCUCAUUCACCAGCGAUCGUGUGUCUCCUAAGAAAAAUGACAAAACGGUCAUAA